UAAGGUGAACUAAAAACAGCUUGGGUGUGAUAGUGUUUUAAUACAUUAUUUAGUCAGCUGAUAAUCUCUCUUUAUCCUUGGUUAAUCUGCCUUUUUUGUUCCUGUUACAGUGUAUUAUCCUCACAUGAUGGAAGAUUUGGAGGAGGUGGACUGUUUUCAGGAGACUCCAGUCAGUGGGAAGCAUUAUGAGUGGCAGCUGUUAGUCGACCGUCAGUGGCUGCCAAUAGAUAACGAUCAUGUGAUCGAGACUCACUACUGCCAACCUGGAGCCAAAGGAAUCACCAUCAACACAAGCCACGGGCAGGUGCUCAUAGACUUUGAUAAGUUACAGACUCCUAAUGCAGCUCUGCAGGUGCAAAGACUGAGCUUCCUGUCUCGGGGCCAGACUGAGGACGUUGGCUGGUACUUCAGAGACGACCAGCUGUGGUGUGAAUAUGGAGCCCAGGGUUCCGCCAUGUUGUCCUCAUCAAUCAGCAGCAGAGAUAUUGAACUUCAGUUCAGUCUGAACCCUCAGGGAACCUUCAGAUUCACAGUGGGCUCUACAGGAUACUCACUUGACUUCUCCACCAUGACCCAAAGAAACCACAUCACAGGCUUGUGCAGGAAUGUACGCAGACGUCCAAAACUUACUUCCAACACUGAGAGCCUUUCCUCCACAUCAGUCCUGCCCACAGCUUCCUCCUCCCAGCUCACUGAUGGAGGCUACAAGUGGGAGUUCACGGGAGAUGAGGGGGUGUGGACAGAAUACCAAGCACAUAUCUGUUCGUUUGACAGCGCUGCUAUUGAGAGACAGUACCAGGUGAACCCUCAGGGUCAGCUCCACUUCAAGGUCAACAGCUUUUCAUACACGCUGGAUUUUUCAAAAAUGUGUCAAGUCAACAACAUUUUUGGGACUUCAAGGACAGUGAGGAGGACUGUUAACUACGGGAUCCAACAGAGCAGCAGUUCGAGCACGUCACCACGAUGGCAGUUCCAAGAUAUCGGUGGAAUGUGGAGGGAUUUUUCCAAAGGACCCAGUGGGUGCAGCAUUUCCAGUCAGGACAUCGAGCUCCAGUACCAACAGAACCCUUCAGGCACUGUGAUAUUUACCACCAAUUACUUCAGCUACAAGCUGGACUUCUCAGCCAUGACUCAGACGAACCUGUCGACUGCCACCACCAGAUCUGUGAGACGAUUCAACCAGUGACUGAAGCAGAUUUGGAGAUCUGGAUGAACUUGAUCAUAUGAGUUGUUGCAUGCCACUGCCCGCCUCAGGUUACCUCUAAUGUUGGGUUACAACAUUGUCAGGAAAUAUUCUUUAUAUGAGCACAGCUUAUCUACAAUGCUCCAUUUUCCUUAAUUUAAAAAAAGAUCUUUGAUGAGGCAGUAUCUCACUUUCUCUCUAAAAUGGCUAGAUUUAGUGCUGGGGUUUGGUUAUAGGUUGGCUGCUACUAGAUCAAAUUUAUUUUCUUUUAAGAAUGUAAAUUUAAAAAAAAAAAAACUCAUUUUUUAACUUAAAACAAAAUGUAUGUUUACCAAUGUUGCAUAGAAAUCCAAAAAUCUGCCGUGCACUUUUUAAAUGUUUUUACUGUUUACCGUUCAAUAAGAUGCCUCUUUUAUCCUGCACCGACUUUGAUGUUUUGGGUAAUGCUACCUAUUAAAUGCUCCAUGUGAAUCUAAAAAGGCUCAUCAAUACUUCCUUGUAAUCAGAAAUCUUUUAUCAUUUUCUGCAAACACACACUCCAGAAUCUAAAGCAGCGUUUAAAGGCCAUGAAACAAAUGACCACC